AUGUCACUUGGGCUCAGCUUAUUUCCUGGAACUCUGGAAUCAAUUCCGUCUGCUCGAAGCUUUGCUCUCAGUGGCAUGACUACUAUUGUGACUACUACGGCUUCUAUUCUGUCACCCACUGGAGAGGGCACCAAAUCCCGCUGUGCCGAGUAUUAUAAGGCUGGCAAGGAUGAGACCUGCACAACCAUGGCUGAUAAAUUUAGCAUUUCUCGAAGCGAUCUGUGA